AUCAUAGAUGAGAGAGAGCAUGAUAGAGAGAGAAAGAAACAAGGAGGAAGAGUUCAUAGAGUGAGGGGUGAGAAUAUCAGUAAGUGAGAAAUAGAGUGUGCAAAGAAGAAACACCUGAUGCUCUGUAUAUAAACAGAUAUUCAUUUUCCAGUAAACACACUGCUGUAAGUUUACAGCACAAAGCACCCGUUCAGCCCAUCUGAACGUCCAAACAGUGACUGAGCUAAAAGGACACAUUCGGCACAUCUGAAUCUGCAGCAUGAAACUUUUGUUGUUUCUUCUAUUCAUCUCUGUGUGUAAUGUUUCCUGGUGCCAGUAUGAUGAAUAUGAUUCUCAUUGGUGGAUUGCCUAUUUGCACAGUCAGCAAUACAGCUAUGGACCCUCCUAUGACUAUGAGCCCGUCCCAGCACUUCCAACUGCCAGUGACUGCCCCCAGGAGUGUGAGUGCCCCCCUAACUAUCCAACAGCCAUGUACUGUGAUGGGCGUGAUCUCAAGUACAUGCCCUAUGUCCCAGCUAGAAUCAAAUAUGCAUACUUCCAAAACAACCAUAUAAGUGCAAUUCCAGACGGAGCCUUUGAUAAUGCCACUGGGUUGGUAUGGUUAGCACUGCAUGGGAACCAGAUUGUAAGUGACAAAGUAGGCAGAAAGAUAUUCUCCAAACUUCGAGGGUUAGAGAGGAUAUAUCUGCAACAUAACAAUCUGACCCGCAUUCCCACUGGCCUGCCUCGCUCACUGCAUGAGAUACACCUUUCUUCCAAUCAGAUCUCUCGAUUUCCAUCAAAUUCUUUUGAGGGUCUUGAGAACCUCACUGCACUUUAUCUACAUGAAAAUCAAAUUCAAGAGGUAGGGAAUGCUCUAAAAGGGUUGAAGUCCCUGGUGCACUUGGACAUUAGCAACAAUCAACUUCGCAAGCUACCUGACUCAUUACCAGGCUCUCUGGAACAGAUGUAUAUGGAGUACAAUCAACUCAGUAAUGUUCCUAAUGAGUAUUUUAAGUCCUAUCCAAGGCUUCAGUAUGUAAGGAUAUCACAUAAUCGUCUUACCAAUGACGGGAUCCAAGGAAAUACAUUCAACACUAGCAGCCUUGUAGAGCUAGAUCUAUCUUUCAACCAGCUAAAUCGUAUUCCACCUGUGAACACUAAUCUGCAACAUCUAUACCUGCAGGGAAAUAAAAUUGAAGAGUUUUCAGUUAAAAGUUUUUGUACAUUUGUGGACAUCACCAGCUUCUCUCAGCUUCAAGUUUUACGUCUUGAAGGUAAUGAAAUUAAGGCUAAUGCUAUUCCACCGGACACACCACUCUGCCUUCGUAAAGCUGACAUCAUCCAUAUGUAGAAGAUCUCAAGCUGUGUAUAUAUAUAUAUAUAUAUUCUGCCAGUUACCUACCCACAGACUGAAUUGAUUCUUGACCAAUGUUUUGUUUUAAUCUUGCAUAGGGCAGAGACACAUUAGACAGGGAGAGAAAACAAAAAAAAAUUGAAAAGAUUAAUGUAUAAUUCUUUCUCCAACAUACUAAACCCUUUUAUGCUUUCAGCAGUAAACCUACAGUGCACUUAUGGGUAACUUUCAGCUCAUUAAUGAUAAGGGCUAUUUUCCCAUUUCCUUAAACAAUGUCAACAGCAGCAUCACACAAAAUUGUAUUUUCGACAAUUCAGAGAGUGCCAGCACUAUCAUGGCUUGUAUUUGUAUUGUAAUCUAUUCACAGAGAAGACAUAAACAAGUUUCUCCUAAAAACAAAUAAUGCUUCCCUUGCCCUUAUUGGGGAAGUUUCCUCAGCACACUACAAUAUUAUUUCCUGUAAUAGGUGGUGUUAGCUAUAUAAUAGUGAUUGCAUAUAUUCUGAUUUUUCCUAUUUUGGUAUGUCACCUUGCAGAACUACACCAAAACUCACCUCUGCGUGAUCACAGUAAGGCUAAUGCCAGACGAGACAUAUGGCGGAUAUUUUCUGCCUUACGUCUCCUACAUGUGCUUGCACCUGAAUGAAUGGAAUACGCUUGGGUGCAGACACAUGUAGCCGAA